UCUCCCGUCGUUUAAUACAGCGGUAUCGAAUAAUAAGGAGCAAGUGUUCGCCACACUUGGUCUCGGUUCUACAGGGCCCAAACAAACCAGAGCCUCCUCAGACAUUCCUUUCAGUCCUGGAAAAAGACUGCAGACUGCAGAGGUUAACACUCCUUUCCAGGAAUACCAAAGCACCUCUGCAGUCAGUAAACAAAAUCCUGCGGACGUAAACCACUCGAGCUCCGUUUAUCAAACAAACCAGCAAGGGAGGAAUGUUCAGAGUCCGGUGGUGACCAGGGUUCAGAGGACGGAAGAGAACAAAUUGCAGGAAACUGAGCUGCCCAAUGUGGUGCCCUGCUCAGUCAGCGGCUCAGUUCCAAUGAGCUUUGGGGACACUCAGGAAGUCAAUGAAAAAUUCGCCCAUAAUCUCACUUGUGCCCCAACAGCACGUCACCCACAUGCAGAUGUUGUGAUCAAGUUAGAACAUGGUGUUGCAAGCAGCAAAGGGAGUAAUCCUUCGAUGAGUCUCCACACUGCAUGCAAAUCAAACCAGUCCCCCUCUUCGGUUUCACAUGCUUCAGCUCUGGAUGGACCUCCGUUAAUUGCGCACGUUGAACAGAUGCAGGGAACUCUAUCUCUGUCUGCUGCGGGCGGUGAUGGUCUGCUAUCCUCACCCUGCAGCACACCCUAUGUGCCAUCGGCGCGUUCGACACCGUUAAUAAAUCCAGUUGCCGAUCCAUGUUCUGUGGGCUUAGUUCAAAACUGCAGACCUGCACCGAGGAGUGAGGCAGAUGGUUCAUCUCUUCAGCAAGUUCCAGCCAUAUCUGCACGCUUAAGCAGCAAUGCAUCUGAUCGAAGUGUAGUGAGAAACAAACACCAUGUGGCCGAUGGACCUUUUGUUCUGUAUAGAGGAUUGAGGAUGCAACCAGGCAUUAAGAAUGGGACCUCUGGGAGUGUGGGGACUUUGUUUUCAAUGGCCUGGGGCUGCCAGGGGAGUCCAAUGCCAGGCAGCGAAGAAAGUUCUGAACAGCCAGGGCUCUUCCCUCAGGCCGGGAAUGUCAAGAGCUCGGCAGGAGCUGAAAGUUCACCAGUCUGUGUGUCAAGCAGUACGGAUAGCUAUCACCCUCUGUCUGUGGUACGCGGUGUUCUAACCUCAAGAUUCACACUGAAAUGUCAAAGGCCAGUUCGGGGAAUCCAUGCUCUCCCUCCGAGUAGCAACGGGGAAGUAACGGCUGUUGGGCAGACAUCGCAUGGAGGUGGCUCCCUGCUCCGAAAAGAAGGCUGUAGAACAGUGGCCGUCUCAAAUGAUGCUGACGCAGAUUUGCUAUCAGGGAUCAGGAUCAGUUUUGUAUUCUCACUCUCCAAGUACUGGGAGCACUGGAAAAUCAUCAAUGGCGUGCAUCUCGCUUCCGACUCGUUGGUAACAACAGGCCGUGAGCUUGUGCAAUCCGUUGGCAAAGCGAGUAAUUUCUCCACGACGCAAGUAGAACAUGACUCACGUGAGGUGAAUGGACCAAUCCGGGCUGGAACUAGAGCUGGCUCACGUCUAGAUGAGGGCAGACAGAGAGACUUCAUUACUGACUCCCCUCCCAGUCAGAAUAAUGUGCCUUUUGUAAGUGAUCCUUUUGUCCAAAUGGCCGAUACAAAAACCUUCAGCACAGUGCCUGAUCAUUCCGAUAAUGUUUACCAAUUCGAGGUAAAAUUGAACCAAAACCCUGAGCGUGUUAAGCAUGCGAGCAAAACUACCACAGUCGUCUCUGCAGAACUCUCCAAGUUGCCGGCUGGAAGUGGGUGUUCUAAUGAAAAUCCCGCUGAGGUAAAUGAUACCUCAAGUGGACAAGAUGAAACAGCAGCUGCCCUCUGUUGUUUCAAUUCCAAAGACCUGAUGACACAGAACUUUUUCGGCAAAAAUGAAUUCCCAAAUGUGGCUGAGUUGGAAACCACCACCGAGUCCAUUUUCCGUUUCUGGUGUCCUUCAGGGGACGGCUUUGAACAGCACCAUGAGGAGAUGGAGAAAGGAUUUGAUUUUAAGUCUAGUGUUGAAUGGAUCCACAGUGGACUCAACCUGUACACCGUAGCGAGUCCUGCAGAGUCAAUUAGUAGCGUGCACACGUGGAAUGCACACUGUCUCCAUUUUGGGUUCACUGCAACAGUUGACAGGGGGCAACGUCAUAAAGAAAGAUCUCAGCCAAGAAAAUUAAGUAACUGGUGCAGUACAACAGACGAUAUUGUGUUUGAGGAACGUGAAUCGGAGCUGUUAGAGAGUAUAUUGAGGUCCCACCCCCUGCUGACUGAUGAAGGCAGCAAUGGUAACUGGGCUGACAUUGCUUCACAUAAUACAGCACUCGAAACCUACAGGCCAAACGCUUGCCUCAAAAAUAGCAGUAGCCAAAUAACUCAACGAUAUGGGGGCAAACAGUUUGAGGCUGACAACACAAAGAUGACCCUACCAUCUCUGAGAAUGGGGAGCAAAUGCAUGAGUAGCAAUGAUUGGCGUGCAGUCCUAAAUCAGGAUGCACCACACCCUGAUGAUUCAACACAACUUUUCAAUGGGCAAGCAAGUUGGAGGAAAUCUGAGCCUAGCGUGGCCGACUGCACCGAAAUAGAAAUGAAAGGAGUGGGUCACCAAAAAUGCAAAACCAUUCUCUCUGAGUUACCGAAUACGUUAUCAACAGCUUUAACCCACAGUCCAGCAUCUAAAGUGGUCAAUGAAACUUCUGAAGUGACAAGCCCGGGAGCUGAUUGGAAAGCCUUUUGGGACUGCGGCAGUAGUGAUGUAGACGUUGCACGUGAAGAAAUGGAGACCUUUGCAACAGACUGUUCUUCAAUCUCAGCCGAGUCUCAGCUGUCUCUCUGCGGAGUUGGCAGCAGCCCGCAGCAGUCAUCAUUGCGGAUCAAAAACUCACCGUGUUUGGCUGCACAGAAUGUUACAGGUCACUGAGGAAAUGGCGAGGAAAACCCAGUCGCUACAUCCACAAAUCAGACCCGUGGAUGUGAUGUGGCAAGGUGCCUGCGAACUCUGCAGCAGAAGCCAACAGAGGAGACAACUACCUCCAGCUGAUGCCCGAAAUUUUGAAUGCGUUUACCAUCUUUUUGCUACCGCACUCACUCUUGAGUACCCUCAAUGUUCCGCUCACUUUCAAAGAAAUCUCAGAGUGCCUUGAGUGUGCAAAGUGAGAAUCUGUGCAAUCCCAGAAAACACCACCAUUAUGUUUUCCACUGGCGAGAGGAAAUUAUCGUACUGCGCGGGAAUCGAUGGUGAGCUGAGAGGAUUUCAUCUCAGAGGACUUUGUCUGCCAUUUUAUCAGAGACAGUGCGAGUUAGCACUGGGACAAGCCUACCCACUAACACAUAGGGACAUUCGGAUAUAUUACAGAUCGAUAAACAAAAUUGCGUUAUUGUAAAGAUAAUUAUUAAUCAAUGCUUGGCUGAAAUAAAAACAGUCUUCAUUAUAUACUUCUGUCGUGAAAUAAUGAUCUGAAUAUGAAUAAACCUAGUUAGACCGACUACAAGAAUACAAAGAUGAAGCACAACAGUUUAAAAUGAUGGGACAUUUUGGGAAGUACUGAUAUGAAAUUGGUGUGAUUCUGGAUUGAAAGAGACAGUUUGAGGGUUAAUGGAGUGUGACGAGAGCUUCACCACAUAAAGGUAGUUCACAUUUAACUGAAAAUUUCAGUUUUGAAA